AUGUAUGUGCACUGCCCAUCUACGCCAGAGAAGUUGCUGACAGGACCAGGGAACACUGUGGUCGAUAACUGGGGUAAGCUCGGAGUUAAAGACAACGAGGUCCUAGAUGGCUUCCCAAACCAUUCCGGAAGACGUAACAACACGUUUCUACGUAACUACCUUGCACCCUAUGUCAAUGAAACAAGCCUUAUUGCACAGAAGGCUGCAUAUCGAGCGGGUGUUAUUCCGUCAAGACGCCAGGGAAGGCCUGUCACAAACGAUCCGGAUAUCGCGGAUGCCUACUUGGAUGUCAAAGUCAGCGAUGGACAUGUCGUUGUUAAUGUGACUAACUUUGACGAUGUGGACUUCAGAGACGUUGUUUUCCGUAUCUCAGGCCCUGGGGUCAUGUUCACAAGAAAGUCUACCCCUCGCUCAAUCCCGGCCGAUGGUUCUGCAGCAGCGGUGUAUACUUUCUCUGGUUCCCCAAAGGCGAAUGCCAUCGCUUGGGUCAGCUAUGUGAACCCGAGGACGCGAGCAUAUAGCAGAGAGAAGCAGUUUUCCGUCCCUAUGUAG